AAGACCUAAUCGCCCAUUCCUCGACCUCGGCCACGACUCCUUCCCGACUCUCACCGCCUCCCCCUCUGUUCCGAACAAGACCCACAGAGGGGUUUGUCGAGCGCUUGCGAGGAAACCCACAAGCCCGGAUCCUUCACCACACACCCGUAAAUCGCCUGAACACGCUUUUGCCAUGCCUGCUCGAACUAUCAAUCCGUUCGCGACCAAUACCUCUACUCCCUCUCUCGAUGCCAUGAACGAGAAGAGGGACCAGCCGCGACGAACCUCUUUCAAAGGCAACAAACUCACAUCUCUCUUCGGGGGAUCGCCCAAAGCAAGGAACGACUGGCAGGCGGCAAUUGUCGCUCAGCAGCAGGCCCUCCUCAACUCUCCAUCCCCCCAGCAAAUCAACUCCUCCACCCUGUCGUUACCGACCAUCAACCUCACAACCGCAACCGGGGAGAAGAUGCCGUCUGAGCCGAAGACCCUCUUCCAGCCUCCGUCUCCAGAGGAAGCUCGGCGGCUUGCAAGGGCACACGCGCAGUUUGGGCCAUUGGGAUCGCAAAGCCACAGGUACACCAGCAAGUUUGAGGGAGGCGAGUUCGCAGAGCCAGUCGAAGAUGAGCCGCCGUAUUACUUUUUGUUCACUACAUACAUCAGCUACCUAAUCCUAAUAGUAUUUGGACAUGUGCGGGAUUUCUUCGGCAAGAGGUUUAGACGGGCGCAUUAUAGUCAUCUGAAAGAGCGGGGUGGAUAUGCUCCGUUGAACAGCGAUUUCGACAACUUCUACACCCGCAGAUUGAAGAUGAGGAUCAACGACUGCUUCUCUCGACCAACCACUGGUGUUCCGGGUCGUUUCAUCACGCUUCUGGACCGCAAGUCGGACGAUGGAAACAACACAUUUAAGCUGCUUGGAACUACUACCGAGACGCUGAACAUGAGCUCAUACAAUUACCUCGGGUUUGCUCAAUCAGAAGGUCCUUGUGCCGAUGCAACCGAGAACACCAUUAAAAAGUACGGAAUUACUAUGGCUAGUCCGCGGUCGGAUGCUGGUACAUCUGAUCUUACGCUUGAAGUCGAGGACCUGAUUGCCAAAUUCGUUGGCAAGCCUGCUUCGAUGGUCUUUUCCAUGGGUUUCGUUACCAACGCGACUUCAUUCCCCACUCUGGUUGGAAAGGGUUGCUUGAUGAUCUCUGAUGAGCUCAACCACUCCUCCAUCCGCUUUGGAGCACGUCUGUCCGGUGCCGUUGUUACCAUGUUCAAGCACAACGACAUGAAAGAUCUAGAGCGCGUUCUCCGCGAACAGAUUUCACAAGGUCAACCACGAACACAUCGCCCGUGGAAGAAGAUUCUCGUUGCCGUCGAAGGACUGUACUCGAUGGAGGGCACUAUGUGCAAUCUACCAGCCCUGGUUCAAAUGAAGAAGAAGUACAAAUACCACCUCUUCGUUGACGAGGCCCACUCAAUCGGUGCUCUCGGGCCCCAAGGUCGCGGCGUCUGUGAUUACUUCGGUAUCGACCCCGCCGAAGUCGACAUACUCAUGGGCACGCUUACGAAAUCCUUCGGCGCAAACGGCGGAUACAUUGCCGCCGAAAAAUCCAUCAUCGACAAGCUCAGAACACAGAACGCUGCCAUGCUGUUCGCAGAGUCCCCCUCACCUCCUGUCCUCACGCAAAUCGCAUCCUCCCUUCGGAUUAUCGCCGGAGAUCUCGUGCCCGGGCAAGGCGAAGAGCGCCUCCAGCGUCUUGCUUUCAAUUCCCGCUAUCUACGACUGGGGUUGAAGAGACUAGGCUUCAUUGUCUACGGCCACGACGACUCCCCCAUCAUCCCAGUCAUGCUGUACAACCCCGCUAAAAUGCCAGCCUUCUCCCACGAAAUGCUACGACGUAAGAUCUCGGUUGUUGUUGUUGGAUAUCCCGCCACCCCUCUCGUGUCAUCGCGCGCGCGCUUUUGUGUCUCUGCAGCGCACACGAAAGAAGAUCUAGAUCGUAUGCUUGCGGCGUGCGAUGAGAUUGGUGAUCUGCUUCAACUAAAGUUCAGUUCGGGGGUUGCGGGUGGAGCAGAGCCGGAGGAAUGGAUUAGAGAAGAGAAGGCGGAGAUGAAGGUUAGACAGCCGAGGUGGAGGCUGGAAGAUGUGCUGAAGAGGGGGACUGAGGAUGUCAAGGUUCCUCUGAGGUAACAAGUUGCCUGAAACAGGCUGGGCUGGGUCGGGCCGGGCGGGGACGGAUGGGAUGGCACGUGAUAGGGCGUCUGGUCAGCAGGGCGCAGGGCGUUCGUGG